UAAAAAACCACAAAACCAACCAUACCCCCCUUUUUUGUGCUCGGUUGUUUCGAUUGGAUAAACCAUUGGAUCGGUUAGCAAGUGAAUUCUGUGAAUGUUUGUGCUGGUGUUGAGGUCAGUGAGUCAGUGAGUUUUGCAUAUUGACCACCAUCGGGCAGGCAUCGUAAGGCUCAGUUACCCCUUCACUUUCGCUCAUAUUAGCGCACUUUGAGCCGUUGAAGGUGUAAAUGGAGCUGCUGUACGGCGAAUAGGAACGAAACUGGCGCUCGACGAACGCGUAGGACCCACAACCCGAGGGGAAGACCGAGUUUUCGGCAGAAUUAUGGAGGCUGCUUAUUGCUUCUGACAGCGCUUUUCCGCUUCUCGGUCCUCGGUCCAAUCGUGUGCUGGACCAGCAGCAGCAGCGGACCACAGCCGGCCACCACCCGGCGUGAAGUAAAUCAAAAUUUAUCCAAUCGUGAAAUUUACUCCCCUUCAUUGUGCUCUCUGGCGUGGUGUGUAUAUGUGUAUGUGUGCGUUUGAAGUCGAUGUAAUGGAACCGUGACCAACCGUUACCGGUGAGUGUUGAAAAAAGGGGUAGUUUCUCUCUUUUCCUCGUCCCCAAAUGCCGAUCCAACGCCAAACCCGCGCAAGUUAACUGUUCCGCAACUGGCCGCUCCGGUCCGUGGAGUGCCGUGUGACAGCGCUUCGUUAGCGCCAACGAUGCGGUUCGCCUGAAUUCGAAUUGGUUCGCUGGAGCGUGCAUUUUUGGUCCCAUAUUCGAGCGUGGCGACAAGUGAAACGUGCCGCGAAACGAGUGUCCCAACGUGUGCGCUGAACAGGGAAUAAAAACCAAAAACCGGAAAAGAGAGAAAAAAGGGCGAGAAAUUAAACGGUUGCUGUAAUCGCGGCGCGGAUCAAUCGAGCGGACGAGAAAAGUGAUUUCCCCUUUGGACGGCCCUCGGUUGCCUCCCGGUUCUAGCUGGCCUCUAAAAAAAAAAAGACACAUGCCAACCGCGCCGGGUACUGUCCAGUGUGUCCCGCCUUCAGGCCAACGGUGUCGUCCAUCAUGUUGACACUCAGCGCCCGGAAAAGUGGGACUCUCAUGUGGAGCACAGCAUAUCUGAACGCGCAGCAGGAAAAACGGUGAAAAACCUCUCGAGCCCCCGGAGCUGGACAAGGGCGAGCUGGCUGAGAACGUUGCAUAACUUCACAAAUAAAUAAUAAUCCAUAAAUCAUUGCUACCAUCGCGGUGCAGAGUGGAGAGAGAGAGAGAGAGAGACAGAUAGCGGAAGGGCCGUGGGUACUGCGCAAAACCUGGCAAAUGGCUGACCCGAAAUACCAUCCAACCGACCGGACCGUCUAGUGACUGCAAAUGCACUUGUAAGAGGAAUUGAAGUUGUUUCGCUAGUCGAGUUGAGUUGUUGAGCUGCCACUUGGAGCUUGAGGACCGUCUGUUGUGGUACGCUCAGCGGUGACGAACGCGAACAUCAUUAGAUGAUCAAAAACAGUGAUUUAGUCUUAAGAAGAAGAAGAAGAAGAAGAAGAACGGCUCGUGGCUACGUGGUGGCCAGGCAUUGCAAUGCAAGCUGCAAACUUACGCCAGUUCCGUGCUCCGAAACUUUACGAAACUCCGACACACUAAUGAACUGUCAUGAGUGAUGGAGGUUUAGGUAAGCCGCAGCACCUUGCAAUCAUCCGACAAAUAUGGACGGCGAGAACCGAAUCAUCCUCAACGUGGGAGGCAUCAGGUAUGAGACGUACAAGGCGACGCUAAAGAAGAUCCCGGCCACGCGGCUCUCGAGGCUAACCGAGGCGCUGGCCAACUACGAUCCGGUGCUCAACGAGUACUUCUUCGAUCGGCACCCGGGGGUGUUUGCCCAAGUGCUCAACUAUUAUCGGACGGGAAAGCUCCACUAUCCGACCGACGUGUGCGGACCGUUGUUCGAGGAGGAGCUCGAGUUCUGGGGCCUCGAUUCGAACCAGGUCGAGCCGUGCUGCUGGUCGACGUACAGUGUGCACCGGGAUACGCAGAGUACGCUGGCGAUACUGGACAAGCUGGAGCUAGACGAUGAGCAGCCAUCGGAGGAAGCGAUAGCGCGACUGUUCGGCUUCGAGGAAGCGCUCCUGAACGGCGAGCUCACCUGUUGGCAGCGCACCAAACCAAAGAUCUGGGCCCUGUUUGACGAACCAUCGAGCUCCGCCGGUGCCAAGAUUGUAGCCGGUAUCUCGGUGUUCUUCAUUUGCAUUUCUGUGAUAUCCUUCUGCCUAAAGACGCAUCCGGGGCUGCGGGUAGAAAUACCGGCCAUUCUCAACGUCACGUCCAACGGCACGCUGCCGGCCCUUCUACCGAACGUGGACCCCGGCUCACUGGAUGCACUGCUGCUCGACGGUAGCACCACCACGAUGGACAGCCUAUUCGACGAUGAACGGUUUCUCGGUGGCACGAUACCGAAGCCAUCGUCUACCGUGACCACUCCAGACUCCAGUCGAACGAUGACCAGCGCUGGCACCAGCACCACUCCACCGUCAACCCCGAAACCGACGAGGUCCUCGAGACCGGAAAUGACCACCCAGCGUACGGGGCGCAUCGUCUCGAGCGCCUACCGGAUCAACUCGGGCAAGGGAGCCAGCAUCGUGGAAAACUGGCAGGAAACGUACGGGCAACCGCACGAGGCGUUCUUCUACGUUGAGCUCGUCUGCAACGUGUGGUUCAUCAUCGAGCUGACCGUUCGACUGGUGGUGUCCCCGAAUAUCGUGGAAUUUAUCAGAUCUCCCGUCAACAUCAUCGAUCUGGCGGCAACACUCAGCUUCUACACCGACGUCUGCCAGCGGAUGGGCGAACAGACCGGCCUGCUGGAGGCCUUUUCGAUCGUGCGUAUCCUGCGGUUGUUCAAGCUGACACGCCACUCGCCCGGGCUGCGCAUCCUGAUACACACCUUCAAGGCGUCGGCACGCGAACUCACGCUGCUCGUGUUCUUCCUCGUCCUCGGUAUCGUUGUCUUUGCCAGUCUGGUGUACUAUGCCGAAAAGUUGCAGGACAAUCCAGAUAACCAGUUCAAGAGCAUACCGUUGGGGUUGUGGUGGGCGAUUGUCACCAUGACCACGGUCGGGUACGGUGAUAUGGCACCGAAAACGUACGUCGGCAUGUUCGUCGGGGCACUGUGUGCACUGGCGGGAGUGCUGACGAUCGCUCUUCCGGUUCCGGUUAUUGUUAGCAACUUUUCCAUGUUCUAUUCGCACACACAGGCUCGCUCGAAGCUGCCGAAAAAACGUCGCCGAGUGCUGCCGGUGGAGCAACCGCGACGGAAACGGGACGUUGGGGUGGCCAAUCGGCGCGUGAACGCGAUGAAACACCAACAUCCAGGACAACCGGGCGCUGGAGGGGGCGGAGGCUGUGGGCCAACCCAUCCCGCCAUCUUCAAGGAUGCUUUCGGUGGAGCGAAAAUCGGUCACGUGAAUGGCGUCAAUGUGAUAGGGCUCACGCUGCAGGGACCGUCCGUACCCGGGCUCGCCGUCCUCAAGCCUCCCGCCGUCCUGCAGCCAGGUGAUUUCAUCAACGUACCCCAGCUGAGCUCGUUGCAACCGCGCCAACCAACGACCGGAAAUGUAGAUUUAUUGCUGCCAUUACAGCCGAAAUUGCUCGUUCCGCUGGUGGAACGACGAGAGUCCAAACCGGAAGAGAUGGUCCCGGUACCGGAGCCGAAGGUGACGCUGCACUCGCACGGAUCCUGUUCCGCUUCCGGUAGCAACACACCCGGCGGAGACGAAUCUUGAGCCGGCGUGCUUCGGACGUUCCGCUGCGAUGGCUACCGGUGGCUACCACGGUGCAGGCUGGUGUACGGUGAGGGAACACUUUGGCAAUUACUACUCUGGUGGUGCGCUAGACGCGACUGUUGCCUGUCACCGAUACGUGGCAUGUGUCCUGAUGAAAUGCACGCAAUGAUGCUUUCGAUGAUUUAGGGAAGAAAAUAAAAUGAAAUGUGUUAAUAAACGAUCGCCCAUUCGGUAGUAAAUGUGAACAAAUGGAUAUUAAAAAAGGGAACCGAUUUCAUAGUUUAUGGAACCACCAGACAAGUAAGUGGUAAAGAAAAUCCCAGUAAAAUAAAGCAUAAUAGGAAACGAACUAAACGAAGAAACUGUUGUUUUUAAGAAUAACAUCAAAGCCAAAAACUAAGGUAACCACCAAAUGAAAGGAUGGAAUGAAUUGUCUUUGAACGGUCUAAACGGACAGCAAAGCAGGAAAGUGAAUGGCCUACGAGUGACUCGUGCUUGCUGGUACGACGAACCGCUUAAUGAAAGGAUUAGAUUUAAUUAGUUUAGCUAGAGAGAGAGCGCACAAGAAACACAGUUGUUCGAAUGUAAGAAACCAAAAGUGAAGGGCUCAAUUUUGAUACAUCAACAGUACAUCCCCGGAGAGAGAGCGCAACACGAUUUAGCGAUUCCAACAAAAAUCAAAACCAAAUAUUCCCUUUGGAAACGUUGAAGCGCACUAGACGGGGUGUACUAACGGCCCGGUAAUCAAGAUAAAAAUGUAUCGUUGUGAGUGCCAACAACACUCGCAUCAAGCUAACCUGUUGUAUGCAGUACGAAUACGUGUAUGUUAAUGUUGCCAAAUAGGUGGUCCGAGUUGCCGAAAUGGAAUCAGCAUGAGAUGCUGUAGCCCUUAAACUAAAUCCUCUCAAAAGCCAAAUCUCUUAUUGUGUCACAAAAAAACUGAAGCAAAAGAUGGAAGCAUAAAGCACCAAACUGAGGUGUACCCUCCCUCCCUCUCUCUAUCGAACAUCUCGAAGAGUUUCAUUCGAAGACACAGGAAAAUCGAAAGAAGUAAUAAAGCUUUAAGCCAUGCGGUGCGUACCGAGGAGCGAAUGCUUCAUUAAAAAGGCAUUGUAAGAAGUGUGCGCGGAAUGGAAACUUAAAAUCAAUUUCAAGAACCGGUUUCAAAUCGAGCGAUGGAAAUGCAAGAACAUCUGGUGGUCAACUGCACCAGCAGGCAGGUGAGACAACGUACUCCCCUUAAUUGUUUACCAAGUAGAAGAGCCGAUCCAGGAAUUUACCAUCCAGUUCAGUGCGCUUCGUUCCAGGGCAUGGCAAUCGGUUGCCACGAUAAGGAAACGAAGCGUCACAGUCACACUUGUUAGGGGUAGGCAGAAGUUCAGGCAGAAAAUCGAAUCGAAAUAAAUGGAUACAUUUUUAAACGAA